AAGUAUCAUGUGUUCAUAUCUCAAUUUACUUUGCAGGAACACCAGUGGAAAUUUCUCAAGCAUGGGUCCAUCCACCCCAACCUGGAACACUAACAACAAAAUGAAUGAAAGUUACGGCACUGAAAACCCACUCUGUGUCACCAUGUACAAAAUCUUCAAUAUUCUUUCUGUCAUCAUUGGCGUGGUUGGGCUGGCAGGAAAUGCCAUAGUGCUGUGGCUUCUAGGCUUUCACGUGCACAGGAAUGCCUUCUUGGUCUAUGUAUUCAACCUUUCUGGGGCUGACUUCUUCUACCUUUGCUUUCACACUGUGUUUCUCCUGAAAGAAACAUUUCUUCUGUUCAAUAUCAGCAGCUUUUAUUUUCCCCUCUACUUCACCAAUAUAUCAGCCAUUCCCUACCUUGCAGGUUUAUGUAUGAUUGCAGCUAUCAGUGUUGAGCGAUGCCUGUCUGUUUUGUGGCCUGUCUGGUAUCACUGCCAACGACCAAAUCACAUGUCAUCUAUCCUGUGUGCCCUGAACUGGGCCUUCUCUGUACUGUUAAGCCUACUGCUAUGGUUUGGUUGCAGUUCACAGCUUAGUGGUGAUGGAUAUUCUUUCUGUAAGACUACUGCUUUUAUCACUGUUGGAUUUGUAAUAGUACUAUCUGUGGUUCCUUGUGGAUUUAACUUAGCCUUGUUGGUCAGAAUCCUCUGUGGUUCACAGAAAAUUCCUGUGACCAGGUUGUAUGUGACCAUUGCACUCACAGUGCUGGUCUUCUUACUUUUUGGUCUUCCCUUUGCUAUCUAUUGGAUACUUCUCAUUUGGAAUGAUAAGAUGCCUAGAGUUUUCUCUUGUAAAACUUAUGAAAUUACAGCUUUCCUAUCCUGUGUUAACAGCUGUGCCAACCCCAUCAUUUACUUCCUUGUUGGCUCCAUUAGGACUUGUAGGUUCCAGAGGCAGACUCUGAAGAUUCUUCUGCAGAGAGCCAUGCAGGACACUCCUGAAGAAGAAGAUGGAGUGAGGGGUUCUUCAGGAAAUCCUGGACAGGAGGAAAUAGCCUUGUAUGGCAGUUGA